AUGGACGGACCUCCUGUGCAAGCAAUCUCGCUCGCCGAAGUGGACGAGUUCACAAAAGCGAAGCAGCCGAUCACACGGCAUUCUCCGAUGCGAUUGCGUAUGGAGAGUCUGAUCAAAGAGCAUCAAAAUCGUAUUGUCUUCGCUCUCGAACAUAUAGACGGCAAGAAGUUUGAGCGAGACGAAUGGACCAGAGCGCACGGCGGAGGUGGCAUCUCGUGCGUGCUACAGGAUGGAAACGUGUUCGAAAAAGCAGGCGUCAACGUGUCGGUCGUCUAUGGAGAGCUGCCACGUUCUGCGAUCGAGAAGAUGAGGGCUGACCAUAGAUCAUUCGUUGACAACAACGUAGAGAAGCUCAACUUCUUCGCAGCCGGCAUUUCGUUGGUCUUGCACCCACACAACCCGAUGGCGCCCACAGUGCAUUUGAACUAUCGCUAUUUCGAGACAUCAGAUCCUCGAGAUCCUGUCAACGCGACGGGCUCGGCACCGCAGAAUUGGUGGUUCGGUGGAGGGACUGAUCUCACGCCGAGCUAUCUGUUCGAGGAAGAUGCGAAACACUUCCACAAGACUCUGAAGGCCGCUUGUGAUAAACACGACCGAAGCUACUAUCCCAAAUUCAAGAAAUGGUGCGACAGCUAUUUCAAGAUACCACAUCGAGGCGAGUCUCGUGGAAUCGGCGGCAUCUUCUUUGACGACUUGGAUGCCUCUACACAACCGUCGUCGAAGACACCACAGGAGGAUCUGUUCCAAUUUUGCGUCAGUGGACUUGAGUCCUUCCUGCCGUCGUACCUUCCUAUUAUCAAGAGGAGAAUGGAUAUGCCAUAUCUGCCACAGCAUAAGGAAUGGCAACAAAUAAGGAGAGGCCGGUACGUGGAAUUUAAUCUGAUCAAUGAUCGAGGCACCAGCUUCGGGCUGAGAACGCCUGGAGCUCGCAUCGAGAGCAUCCUGAUGAGUCUUCCAUUAACGGCUCGUUGGGAGUAUAUGCAUCCAGUGUGUGGCACAGGUGUGGAGGAGAUGGAGGAAGCCGUUGACAGCACGACGGAGAAGGAGCAGGAGAUCAUGAGUGUGCUACGCACUCCUAAGGACUGGGCUUGA